GAGACAAUUGAAAAGACUCCACAAAUUCUAUAAUGAAAAUGGUAAAUAAUAAUGUCACGUCAUUGUUAAGAACUAAAAAGGGUAAAGGGACGUUAUACACAGAAGUAAAAUGAGUACUGAUCCUACAAACGUCAUGCUCACCAGACCAGGGAUAAGAACAUGGAAGGCUGUGUCAGUCUGUAGGACAUCAAGAUCUAUCUUCUUCAAGAGGAGUGUAUACGAUGACGCUGGACCCCGACGGCAUAGUCCUCCGCACCUCGCCGUGUAACAUAGAUGAGCGGUGGUGAUUCUACCAUCAAGCACGCUCUGUAGACUAGGCUACAACAGACUUUGUGUCGCAAAGUGGAUGGAAGACAUAUCUUCGAUGUACUUUAUAUGAGCUAUAGCUAUUACUGAUAGUCAUUUAGAGAGUGAUUGAGGAAGUGAACCCAAGCGGUGAGUGUGCGUAAAAUCUACACCUUCUCUCCAGACUGGGUUCAAUACGCAGCGGUCUGUCUUCUCAGCUAGCGGCACACAACAUAGAGCGGGCCGUCAGUUCAUGUUUCAACAGAGAACGAAAGUGACCUGCAAAUUGGUCCUCGUUUUGUUUUAUCAAUUUUUCAAAAUUUAUGAUGUGAACUUAUAUGAGGUACAGGGGUAUGAUUGUGAGCCCAAUUCGCUUUCCAUCGACUCUUGGACAACUGUAAAGGGAAUGCUAUUGAGGCAGUCUGUGGCAGGAUCUUAUACAAAGCUCGUUAUCAGUGUUUGCUGUCUAUCCACUCUGAUCUCCCUGAAGUCCCUCUCUGUCUCCCACCAUGGAGAGUCUGAGUGAGCUGCAGAACCCUCUUCUAGAUAAGACCAGCAGUAGACACGUGGUCCACAACGACUACCAGGCGUACCAGAGUGACUACCCCAACCACCAGUACCAGGAGAACAUCAUUGGUUACUUUGUCACAGGCAGCAACGGCAAGACUCAGGCCCAGCAGUUCCUGGAUGCUACCUCUCUGCACUUAGCAGUGGAGGCCUUCUAUAGGCCCAACUUUAUCCUGUAUAAGGACAAUGUCAGCCUCCAGAGCAAGGACUCUAAGAGUGAGAGCUCCGAGACCACGUUCACAGAGAACAAGGACAGUGUGUUGGGAGUGGAGGGAGCCCCCAUAGAGGACCCUCAGGACAAACUAAUGGGAGAGAAGGAUGUGACGAUCCAAACUGUGUCCUAUGAGGUGGAGGAGGAAGGACACGAGUAUGAGAGUGACAGCUCCAGUGACAGUGAGAGUGAGGACAACUUCAUCAUGCUACCCCCCAGGGACCACCUGGGCCUGGCCAUCUUCUCCAUGCUCUGCUGCUUUUGGCCCCUAGGGAUCGCAGCCUUCUACUUUUCCCAGAGGACUAGCAAGGCCAUUGCUAAGGGAGACUUCUCCAGGGCAAGCAGUAGCUCCAGAAAAGCCCUGUUCCUUGCUGUUCUCUCCAUCACCAUUGGGGCAGGGAUGUACGUGGGGGUGGUGGUGGCCCUCGUAGCCUACCUGUCCACGUCUGGAGGACAUGUAUAGCAGCAGAACCACGGCCACAGGGGAGUGCUUAGGAAGCUGUCCCUUCUAUGGCAACCCUGAAGCACCAUCCCCUAUAGAUGUGGCUCUGUCUGGAUGUUUGGGUUGAGGAGCAGCAGAGAGGAUAGAGGAGGAGAGGAAGGAACCGAGUCAGUGUUUUGAAAUGUUUACCCUGACCAAACAAUGUAAACCACAGACGUAUCCAUCUGGAUUACACCCGUGUCUAUUUCCCAGCCUCUUCUCUCUAGGUUUAUCAGCCUGAUAAUGAUGUUCGAGGUUCACAAAGUAAUGAGGAAAACAUCAAUGGAAAGAGAAAAAUGCUAUUUUCCCCCAAUGACUGUUCUGCUCCUAGUAAAAUUAAAGUGAUGAUACUAAUUCCAGAGCUAACCUCCUCCACUGAUCUUCAUCAUUAUCAUGGAGGCCCCCAUCCAUCAUUUUUGCGGUUCUGUGUAAAUACUUCAUGUGCAAAUGAUGUUUUUGUUCUUAUUGAUUUCCAUGCCACAGGGAGUCAUAGUGAGCCAGUCAUUGUGUCUGAAAUGCUACAUCAAGAAGGCUUACUUUACUGAUUAUUCAUCAAACUGCUCGCCAGUCCAGGUUCUGGGAAAUUAAUCUGCCAUCAUCAGUCAAUCGACUCUCAACACAGAAACCUAUCGGAGAAUGUAGAUAAAACUGGUGAGCAGUGAUCAAGAGGAACAUGUGUUUAUUGUGCACUGUAUAUCCUGUCAGAAUAAAUACAUUUGGCAUGAA